AUGGAGCAUUGGCAGCCCCAACCUUGCAACAGGAGCCACACCAAGACCUCCUGUGCCCCAGAAUGGCACAUUGGCAGCCCCAACCCUGCAACAGGAGCCACACCAAGACCUCCUGUGCCCCAGAAUGGAGCAUUGGCAGCCCCAACCCUGCAACAGGAGCCACACCAAGACCUCCUGUGCCCCAGAAUGGCGCAUUGGCAGCCCCAACCCUGCAACAAGAGCCACACCAAGACCUCCUGUGGCCCAGAAUGGCGCAUUGGCAGCCCCAACCCUGCAACAAGAGCCACACCAAGAUCUCCUGUGCCCCAGAAUGGCGCAUUGGCAGCCCCAACCCUGCAACAGGAGCCACACCAAGACCUCCUGUGCCCCAGAAUGGCGCAUUGGCAGCCCCAACCCUGCAACAGGAGCCACACCAAGACCUCCUGUGCCCCAGAAUGGCACAUUGGCAGCCCCAACCCUGCAACAGGAGUCACACCAAGACCUCCUGUGCCCCAGAAUGGCGCAUUGGCAGCCCCAACCCUGCAACAAGAGCCAAACCAAGACCUCCUGUGCCCCAGAAUGGCGCAUUGGCAGCAACAACCCUGCAACAGGAGCCACACCAAGACCUCCUGUGCCCCAGAAUGGCGCAUUGGCAGCCCCAACCCUGCAACAGGAGCCACACCAAGACCUCCUGUGCCCCAGAAUGGCGCAUUGGCAGCCCCAACCCUGCAACAGGAGCCACACCAAGACCUCCUGUGCCCCAGAAUGGCGCAUUGGCAGCCCCAACCCUGCAACAGGAGCCACACCAAGACCUCCUGUGCCCCAGAAUGGCGCAUUGGCAGCCCCAACCCUGCAACAGGAGCCACACCAAGACCUCCUGUGCCCCAGAAUGGCGCAUUGGCAGCCCCAACCCUGCAACAGGAGCCACACCAAGACCUCCUGUGCCCCAGAAUGGCGCAUUGGCAGCCCCAACCCUGCAACAGGAGCCACACCAAGACCUCCUGUGCCCCAGAAUGGUGCAUUGGCAGCCCCAACCCUGCAACAGGAGCCACACCAAGACCUCCUGUGCCCCAGAAUGGCGCAUUGGCAGCCCCAACCCUGCAACAGGAGCCACACCAAGACCUCCUGUGCCCCAGAAUGGCGCAUUGGCAGCCCCAACCCUGCAACAGGAGCCACACCAAGACCUCCUGUGCCCCAGAAUGGCGCAUUGGCAGCCCCAACCCUGCAACAGGAGCCACACCAAGACCUCCUGUGCCCCAGAAUGGCGCAUUGGCAGCCCCAACCCUGCAACAGGAGCCACACCAAGACCUCCUGUGCCCCAGAAUGGCACAUUGGCAGCCCCAACCCUGCAACAGGAGUCACACCAAGACCUCCUGUGCCCCAGAAUGGCGCAUUGGCAGCCCCAACCCUGCAACAGGAGCCACACCAAGACCUCCUGUGCCCCAGAAUGGCGCAUUGGCAGCCCCAACCCUGCAACAGGAGCCACACCAAGACCUCCUGUGCCCCAGAAUGGCGCAUUGGCAGCCCCAACCCUGCAACAGGAGCCACACCAAGACCUCCUGUGCCCCAGAAUGGCACAUUGGCAGCCCCAACCCUGCAACAGGAGCCACACCAAGACCUCCUGUGCCCCAGAAUGGCGCAUUGGCAGCCCCAACCCUGCAACAGGAGCCACACCAAGACCUCCUGUGCCCCAGAAUGGCGCAUUGGCAGCCCCAACCCUGCAACAGGAGCCACACCAAGACCUCCUGUGCCCCAGAAUGGCACAUUGGCAGCCCCAACCCUGCAACAGGAGCCACACCAAGACCUCCUGUGCCCCAGAAUGGCGCAUUGGCAGCCCCAACCCUGCAACAGGAGCCACACCAAGACCUCCUGUGCCCCAGAAUGGCACAUUGGCAGCCCCAACCCUGCAAAAGGAGUCACACCAAGACCUCCUGUGCCCCAGAAUGGCGCAUUGGCAGCCCCAACCCUGCAACAGGAGCCACACCAAGACCUCCUGUGCCCCAGAAUGGCGCAUUGGCAGCCCCAACCCUGCAACAGGAGCCACACCAAGACCUCCUGUGCCCCAGAAUGGCGCAUUGGCAGCCCCAACCCUGCAACAGGAGCCACACCAAGACCUCCUGUGCCCCAGAAUGGCGCAUUGGCAGCCCCAACCCUGCAACAGGAGCCACACCAAGACCUCCUGUGCCCCAGAAUGGCACAUUGGCAGCCCCAACCCUGCAACAGGAGUCACACCAAGACCUCCUGUGCCCCAGAAUGGCACAUUGGCAGCCCCAACCCUGCAACAAGAGCCACACCAAGACCUCCUGUGCCCCAGAAUGGCGCAUUGGCAGCCCCAACCCUGCAACAGGAGCCACACCAAGACCUCCUGUGCCCCAGAAUGGCGCAUUGGCAGCCCCAACCCUGCAACAGGAGCCACACCAAGACCUCCUGUGCCCCAGAAUGGCGCAUUGGCAGCCCCAACCCUGCAACAGGAGCCACACCAAGACCUCCUGUGCCCCAGAAUGGCGCAUUGGCAGCCCCAACCCUGCAACAGGAGCCACACCAAGACCUCCUGUGCCCCAGAAUGGCACAUUGGCAGCCCCAACCCUGCAACAAGAGCCACACCAAGACCUCCUGUGCCCAAGAAUGGCACAUUGGCAGCCCCAACCCUGCAACAGGAGCCACACCAAGACCUCCUGUGCCCCAGAAUGGCGCAUUGGCAGCCCCAACACUGCAACAGGAGCCACACCAAGACCUCCUGUGCCCCAGAAUGGCACAUUGGCAGCCCCAACCCUGCAACAGGAGCCACACCAAGACCUCCUGUGCCCCAGAAUGGCACAUUGGCAGCCCCAACCCUGCAACAAGAGCCACACCAAGACCUCCUGUGCCCAAGAAUGGCACAUUGGCAGCCCCAACCCUGCAACAGGAGCCACACCAAGACCUCCUGUGCCCCAGAAUGGCGCAUUGGCAGCCCCAACACUGCAACAGGAGCCACACCAAAACCCCAGAAUGGCACAUUGGCAGCCACUUCGGUACCCUGCAGCUGCUCCACUUUUUGGGGGCGGGAGCUUCAUCCGGUUGGACUGA